UAAUCAUAUCAGAACACUAUAAUGUGCUUGCCACGGAUGUAGAAUAAAAAUAAAUACAUAUAACACAAGAACUUAAAGUUGAAUUGAAUAAAAAUUUUGCUAAUACUAUGAUAACAUGCUGUGAUAUAAUUAUUUAUUAAUCAAGGUCUUGAUGGCAUGAAAGUUUAUUGGUGGUCGUGAUCGUAUCGUACGUAGUAAGUACAGGAGUGGGAGAAUGUUAAUCGAUUGUAUUUCCAGGCCAACGUUCUAUAGAUCCGAAACAGUAGCACAACACGACAGUGAAAUUCUUAAAGUUUCAAAUCUUGUCUUGAUCUUUUUGUCAUUAAAGCACAAUGUCUCUCGAUGAAAGAUUUAACAAGGCUGCUGAGGAGGUGAAGGAAUUGCGCGCUCCAGCUUCAGAUGUUGACCUGCUUGAACUAUACUCACUUUACAAACAAGCUACAGUUGGAGAUUGCAACACAACCAGGCCAGGCAUGCUAGAUUUCAGAGGCAAAGCCAAGUGGGAUGCUUGGGACAAAAGGAAGGGCAUGAGUCAAGAUGCUGCGAAAGAACAAUACAUUCAGAAAGUGGAAGAACUGAUAUCCGUUAUUGGGAAGAAGUAAUUUAUAAUACUGAACAUUUAUUUAAGCAUUUUUACCAAAUUUUGUCUUUUUUACAUACUUAUAAAUGUGCAAUGUAUUGAUUGUCUUUGAUACCAAGGUAGUUGCAAAAAUGUUAGAAUACAUUUUCAACUAAUCUUUUUGAUAUUUGAGGAAACAAUUCAAUUGUCUAUGCUGGGUAUGGACAAGAAUUGUAAAAAAUCAUGUUAUCUAAAAGGAAUUGAUAUAUCGAAUUGAUGAAUCAAUAUUCUUGUGGUAGCUGAAUUUAUUUUGCUAUCACUGAUUAGCUAUUUACAACGUCGAUGCUGUUGACUUGCGAGGAGUCAAUACAUGUACUAUAUUCACUCACCGACAUGCAACUGUUAACAUAUUUAUCUUUCGAAUACAUAUACACGAGUUUUAAUACCACAUCGAAGCGUAUAACGGUGAAAAUAUAAAAAAAGAAGUAGUCCUCCCUUCGUUUUGGAUAACUUUUACAUUUCUCGCCUAUCUUCUUUAUAUAAAUAUCGAUUUAUAAAUGAAUUUCACUGUAUGAAUAUUAUAAAUAUCAGUAAAGCUGAGAAAAAAGAUCAAAAUAAAGUGGUAAAUACUUUGUUAUAA